CCGACACAUCACCCAACAGGAGUUCAAAACCCGGUACCCAACAAGAGUGCUGGAGGACCUCACAGUAUUUAGGCGGUCCUCGGUCAACAAUCCCCGGCUGAAUUACUAUGUCGCUCCACCAGUCCGAGAUCACGGAGUCCCGUCCCAAACCCCUGGAAGGCCUCUUAGGGGGGAUUGGCAUUGCGCUGUCCGUUCAUUCUCUGCUGGUGCUUAAUGGAUCUGUCCUUGGGGUUUCUGCCUUUGUUCACCGCUCACAUCGAGGAGAUAAAGCAGCGAUGAUUUCCGUCGUGGGUCUGGUUCUAGGUGGUGUUGCAGUUGGUAUCAUUGGUGAUGCGGACACCCCGGUGCCCCACACUACGUCUUUGCUUCUCCGAAAGGUAUUUUCUGGAUUGCUGGUCGGUAUUGGGACCAAGCUAGCCAAUGGAUGCACCUCAGGCCACAUGAUUUGUGGCUUGUCCCGAUUUUCCCUUCGUUCCCUGGUGGCAACAACCACGUUCUUUGCAAGUGCCGUAGCUACAACCCACUUCGCUCACGGAAAUGACGUUCUUGGAACAUCUGGGUCUUUGGAUUGGACCCUCGGCGAGAACCAGGGACGACAGUUUCUAGGCGCAAUUCUUUCCCUUGGGACCCUUUGGUUUGCGUACACGUGCUCGGCUCUCAAGAAUGGCACUGGCAACAUUUCACAGCUCUCCGUUCUUCGGUAUCUGGCGAGCUUCUUGACAUCGUUGGCUUUCGCGUUCUCCCUCCGCCUUGGCAAUAUGGUCGAUCCACACAAAGUUCUGGCAUUCUUGACGUUACCGUUGUCCUCGGCAUUCAACCCGACCCUGGCGUUCGUUGCAGGAAGCGCUCUGCCUCUGGCUACCCUGCUCUAUCGGUAUGCCCGUGUAGAACAACCUAAGCUUGGUGGCAAAUGGAACAUCCCGACCUCCACCAAAAUCGACUGUAGGCUCAUACUUGGGUCAGUGGUAUUUGGGAUUGGCUGGGGGAUCGCUGGUGUCUGCCCUGGCCCUGCUCUAGUCAACUUUGGACGUUCUCUGUAUGCUGGUAUUGGUUUCGCGGAGUAUGCGGCUUGGCUUUUGUCCAUGGGUUUCGGUGGCUUGCUUGUUAAGUGAUGUAAUCAUCACAAGUCGCUGGAUGCUGAAAGCUACAAUCACUAGUAAGGAUUAUUAAGUUAGGAUUUUGUCUUACAUCACAGUUUUUUUCGUCAUAUUCCGUUACUUAUAAUGUGACUCUAGGCUAGCCUAAUGGGGUGCGUGUGUACUUCAUCGUAAUGGCGCCAGCGCCAGCCCCGACUUGCUUAUUCCUGGCCAUGUUUUGUGUCCGUCGAAUUAAACGCAAGCGAGUCUUUUUAUUUCA